AUGAUUUGUGAGAAGAAUUUGAAAACAGACAACGACAUUAUGAUGAACGGGACUCACAGUGUGGGGGAAUGUUCUAGCUCAACUUCCCUGAGCAGCCAACAGGAUGUUGAGGAUGACUGCAUGAUUGCUGUUGUACUAUCAGAAGAGUAUGCUAAGUUAGAUGGUGCAGUUGCUAGACGCCUUUCCAACCUGGCACCUGUUCCUCAUAUUCCUCGGAUAAAUUCCUACAUCCCCAACAUUAGUGAUGCUAGUUUGGACCAUCAACGGCUUCUCCAGAGGUGUUUGAGUGUCUCAUUUAUGCAAUUAUGA